UAGAGUUGGCGGAGAGAGCGGACUACGUGCCAAGCCAUGGCCUAGACCCUUCGGCCCCGGCCCCGGCCGCAAUGACCUCUUUGCCCUGCCCCCUCCCUGGCCGAGACGUCCCCAAAGCCAUCUUCCCGGCCAUCGCCCCCGUCGCAUCAGUAGUGGCUGCCUAUCCGCUUGGCCUGCCCCCGGCAACCGCAGUUGCCUCCGAUUUGCCCUAUUCUGGGCCAUACGGCCCUCUCCUGCCCUACUCCUACACCGCGCCAGCGAUCCCCGGAGACUCCUACCUGCCCUGCCAGCAACCUGCGGUGCCCUCUCAACCCUCCCAACAGGAGCGCGAGGCAGAUUCAGAGAAGCGGCCUCCUUCUCCGGCUUCCCCGGAGCCUUCAGAGCAGUGCCCGCAGGCCCCGACCAAGAAGCUCCGCAAGCCCCGGACCAUCUACUCGAGCCUGCAGCUGCAGCACCUCAACCAGCGGUUCCAGCACACGCAGUACCUGGCACUGCCCGAGAGGGCCCAGCUGGCCGCGCAGCUCGGCCUCACCCAGACCCAGGUAAAGAUCUGGUUUCAGAACAAACGCUCCAAAUACAAGAAGUUCCUGAAGCAAAACUCUGGGGGGCAAGAAGGGAACUUCUCUGGGAGGCCCCCCUCCCUGUCUUCCUGUGCCCCACUGCUUCCAACUCUCUGGGAUCUGCCCAAGGCAGCGGCUCUGCCCACCAGUGGCUAUGGUAACAGCUUUGGAACCUGGUAUCAGCAUCACUCCACAGAUGUUCUGGCUCCAGCUCAGAUGAUGUGAGUCGGGAGGGGUGGGUCAGGCCCUAGUCUUCCUACAAAGCCAGCACCCAGCUCACCUACACCCCUUCCAGGCCCAGAGGACAUCAGCUCCAGAUGGGUUAUCUCAGGAGGACAAGAAGCUAAAGGAGAAAAAGGAUGGGGUGAAGUCCUGUCCCCUAUGCCCCAUAACCCAAACAGUCUAAUCAAAGACUUUGGUCUUAACCACUGCCCCCCAACCACCACUACCACGAGCUGGACACCUGCCUUCCAGCUUGUCAGUGGUUCUGGAAGAGAGUCACUGACUGGAGCUCAGACUGCUCCAAGGUCUCCAAGUCUUGCCACCCCUUCCUUGAAAGGACUGCCGUCCUACCACGGCCUGGGUCAAAACCAGCAGGAAACACUGAGUAUUUUUUCUCUUUGUGUGCCUUGGGCCUUACCCAGCCCUUUCGCAAGCAAGGGCAGAAGUGAAAUGGGUAUCCACAGUCUUCAAGUUGAUUACUGUUAGCUUGUACACAGAUUUUUUGUUAAGGAAGAUUGGCCCCGUAACUGAUUCACCUAUUCCCCAUCCUUUACAAUAGCAGGAAUGCUGAAAAUGUGGAGUUUAUGGAUCUAUGGGUAGUUUAUGCUCUCUCCCUAAGAAAGCCUCUACCCCAUAUCUACUCAUUUUAAGUAAAUAGUGUAUCCAAUUAUCCAUAUAAUUCAACGGGUAUUUAUGAAGAGCCCAUCCCCUCCUGUUCCCCACCCCUGGUGCCUAGCAGCCACAAAUGUACAUACUUUUGGGAACCCAAUAGGGUAACACUUUUGGAAGAAUGGGGACAAACAGGCUCCCUGGAUGACUGUAAGUAGGGACACCCCCAAAUAGGUGAGGUGGGCCUGGCAGUUUAGCUCCUCACAGCUGUCUUUCUCCAAAGAAAGUGCUCAUAUUUAUAACCAAUUGGACUAGCAUCCCCCAAGCUCUUACCGUCUCCCAUACCAUGAGCUUCCAGAGAUUAAAGUUCUUACAAAAACCUGG